CUUUUUUUUUCGAGACUCUUCAUAAGUACUCCAUAAUCAUCCUCACCUUACGAAUACCCAGACACAGGAACCUUUGUUUUUGAACCGAUUGCCGCCUUUUCGUCUCAAUUGAGCGGGCAUUUUAUCUCCCAUUCCAAUCUUCUUUUCUCCCAAUUUACGUUUUUCGAAACAACACAUUAGAUUUAUUUUAUUCCAUUAAAACCCCGAUUCUCUCUCACAAACCUGCCGAAAUGGCCUCAACAAAGCUCGAACGAGAAGAUCACGCUCGUGAUGCAGCGUUUAACAAGGCUCUUCAUGGCGACUCGGCCAAGGCCCGAGGUGGCUUGCGAGCAAUGAUGAGCAAGGAUAAGGCGGCGCAAGAAGCUGCUUUGGAUGAAUAUUUCAAGCAUUGGGACAAGAAACCCUCUGCAGACGAGACAGAAGAGAUCAGAGAAGCCAGAAGAGCGGAAUAUGCCACCUUAACAAGACAUUACUACAAUCUGGCGACGGAUAUGUACGAAUAUGGAUGGGGCGGUUCUUUCCACUUCUGUCGUUUCGCGUAUGGCGAACCUUUCCGUCAGGCUAUUGCUCGACACGAACAUUAUCUCGCACACUCCAUCGGCCUCCAGGAGGGCCAGACGGUUCUUGAUGUCGGCUGCGGCGUUGGUGGCCCCGCAAGAGAAAUUGCCAAAUUUGCCGGUGUCAAUAUUGUUGGUUUAAAUAACAACGACUAUCAAAUUGAACGCGCAACUCGAUAUGCGGCGAAGGAAGGCUUGUCAAAGCAGCUCCGCUUCACAAAGGGUGACUUUAUGCAAAUGUCCUUUGAACCAAACACAUUUGAUGCUGCAUAUGCCAUUGAGGCUACAGUUCACGCUCCUUCGCUUGAGGGCGUCUACAGACAGAUUUACAACUCAUUAAAACCCGGCGGUGUUUUUGGUGUAUACGAAUGGGUCAUGACCGACGCUUAUGAUAACGACAACCCCGUCCACCGUGAGAUCAGACUUGGUAUCGAACAAGGAGAUGGAAUUUCGAACAUGGUCAGGGCAACCGAAGCCCUUGAAGCCUUUAAGGCCGCCGGUUUCGAACUCAUCAAAGCUGAGGAUCUAGCAGACCGUGGAGAUGAUAUUCCAUGGUACUAUCCUCUAGCAGGUUCUUGGAAGCAUAUGUCCUCCCUUUGGGAUGUACUCACCAUUGCCCGUAUGACAUGGUGGGGACGUGGUUUGGUUCAUAAGUUUAUGGGUGGUAUGGAGACGAUUGGUUUGUUCCCAAAGGGUUCACAGAAGACAGCAGACAGCUUAGCAUAUGCUGCCGACUGCUUGGUCAAGGGUGGUGAGAUGAAGCUCUUCACUCCCAUGUACUUGAUGGUGGGAAGGAAACCAGAGUGAUCCGAUUAUGAGAUUCAUGACGAGAUAGUGGAUGAUUCUGAGCUGACCCUUUUAGAGAGUUUCCUUCAAGAUGACUUUUCUCUUUAACUUUCCUGUUUUCUUUCUCUUUCCAAGCCCAAUGGGUUGAGGACAUGUGCUUCAUAUAUAUCACAUCCCUGGCUUGCAUGUCUUAGAUCCUCAUUUAAUACUAAUAUUUCCUUUUACUGUACAGGCGUAUACUAUGUAUGUAUAGGCCUUGAAUGGUACCUUCGCAUUUUGAUUCUUAUGUCCCGUUAACUUUUACCGGGAUUAAAGGCUUUCUGACAAACUCCUUCAACUGUGAUAUGUUGAGGGCGUAUAACUAGGCUGUAAUAAGUUACACCUGCAUGGCCUUCCGCCCAAUCAAUUUUGCGUGGACGAAGAACAACAAAAGAGGCAUCAUAGCUCUCUUAUCCUGAACUCAUUGAUCUUAUUCCGAGGCAUGCUCAUUGACAAACACGCUUUCUCAGCCACUUGGUCGAUGCGCAUUGGGCUGCUAGGAAAUAUGACAUGCCACAGUCCUCCGUACACAUGAGUAUUGCCUCUUUGUAUGUCCACUCCCCUU